GUCUGCUUAGCCGUGACUCCACCUCCUUUCUCCGGGCGGUUGGCCGACGUUUGGUUUUCCUAUGCCCGUGUGCCAGUCAGUCCCCCCUUUUUAGCAACAGAAGCAGCGUUGUUGUUGGUGAAGAAGAAGACGACGAAGAUGUUUACCCUGUCGGAGCUGCUCGCCUUCUUAGCUCUCUUCAGUGCCACGGCCUCCGGUUACUUUGUCAGCAUAGACGCGCACGCAGAGGAGUGCUUCUUUGAGCGGGUCAACUCUGGUACCAAAAUGGGCCUCAUGUUUGAAGUGGCCGAGGGAGGCUUCCUCGACAUCGACGUAGAGAUCACUGGACCAGACGGUAAACAGAUUUAUAAAGGAGACAGAGAAUCCAGUGGAAAAUAUUCAGUUGCUGCCCACAUGGACGGAACUUAUAAAUUUUGUUUUAGUAACAAAAUGUCUACAAUGACUCCCAAAAUUGUCAUGUUUACCAUUGACAUUGGAGAAGCUCCUAAAGGACAAGAUAUGGAGACAGAAGGUGGUGGUGAUACCUGGGAUGCACAUCAAAACAAGCUGGAAGAGAUGAUCAAUGAACUUGCUGUGUCCAUGACAGCAGUUAAACAUGAACAGGAGUAUAUGGAAGUUCGUGAGAGGAUACAUAGAGCAAUUAAUGACAACACAAACAGCAGAGUGGUGCUUUGGUCGUUCUUUGAAGCACUUGUAUUAGUAGCCAUGACCCUUGGACAGAUUUAUUACCUGAAAAGAUUUUUUGAAGUGCGGAGAGUUGUGUAAAAAAGAAACAUUUUCUAACACAUUUCAGUCUACCAAAAUAGUCACAGCAAUGUUUUUUUACAGGUUUAAAAUGUGGUUUGUUUAAACCUAGCAAACAAUUUGCAUCCAUUUACUGUUUAUUUUAUUUAAUUCCUUCAAAGUUUUUUUUUUUUAAUUAUUUUUUAUUCUUGUGCUACAAAAUAAUCAGUAAAAAGAUGUUUUCCUUUUUUUUUUUUAAAUUAUAUGUUUUAAAUCCCUGGAAAUUCCUUAUUAGUGCAAACUUACACCUUUAGUUAGAAGUGGCUGUGUGCAUUAUUUAUUAAUUUGUAAACCAAGGGCAGGGUGCAAUUCAGUUGUCAACAGUCAAUUUUUGAAGUAUUAUGACAAGAAAAGACUAAGCAGUUCACACAAGGAGCAAAGGUCUGAGAACUGUGCCUGUUCACCUGAAGCCAUGCCUAGUUAAAUAAAGCCUUUAGUCACAUAUGGUACUUAUGUUCUGGAGCGCCAAUUUCUUUUUCCCAUCUUAACUUGAGAUGGAAACCUAUUGCAAAUAGUUUUUUGUAUUUAAACACAACAAAAAGUUACUUAAACGUUUAACAUCAUCUGCCCCCUUCCCCUGCACUUGGUCUUUGAGAUGUCCUUUCCAAAGUUUAUUUAGGUUACGCUUUUAUGUAUACAGCCACAUUUUAAAUGUUUGCUGCCAGUCUGUCUGUUAUUAGUUUUACAGAAACUGUUCAAGGCACAUAUUGUAUGAAUUUGAAAAGGCUUCUGUAUCAGGGAAGGAGUUUUUUUUUUUUUCUCUCUUAAUGGCGGGAUGUUAUUAGUUAAUGGUGUGGGUAUGGAUCAGGACAAUGUUGUAACUGGUGUAAAUUAGUUGCUUGUACUUUUUUGUCUUUUCAAAACAAUAAAAACCUUUACAAAUAGCAACACAAUUUUGUACAAUUAAUUUUAACAUUUGUUACAGGUGUUCACAUUCAAGGUAUACUUUUUGUUACUAAAGGGGAAACCUAAAAUUGCAGCAGUAAGUAAAGGUUAACCAAAACGAACCUUCAAUAAAAAGAAGACUGCUGCAUGGUAAUGUCAAAAAUAUUUUGGAUAAAUUCUUUAAUGCCUCAGAUUAAAGUGUAAAGAUGUAAAUUCAAAAAAUGCUGAUGUAUGUCAUGAUGAUCCAGAUUUAGUAAAUAAACACAACAUUCUUUAAGAAAAAAAA